AUGCGGGUCAGCUCUGACCAGGAGAGACCACCUGAGACAGUAUGCUUUUCAGCUCUGGACUGCAUGGAGAUGCCGGGGUCAUUAAAGCAGAUUGAUGCCAGUAAUGGGCAGGUGUUUGGAGUGAACACCGCAGGCAAUGUUUACACUCUGUAUGGAGACAGCUGGGUCCAGCUGCCGGGCUCCUUGAAACACGUCACGGUUGGUCCGGCUGGAGUCUGGGGUGUGAACAAGAACAACAACAUCUACAAGCUGGUGGGAGGAAGCUGGCAAAAGGUCACAGGGCUGCUCAAGCAAAUUGACGCGGGGGGAGACAUGUUCGUCGCUGGUGUCAGCAUGAAUGGUGGCAUCUACUGUCUGUCUCGUCCAGCAGCCGUCUCUGUGAACAAUGCCUCCACCUUGCCCUGGGUCAAUAUUGCAGGAAGUCUGAAGUACUACAGCUGUGGCUUGUGGGGCUGCUGGGGUGUUAACUCAGCUGAUGAUAUCUACUUCCGGUUUGCUGUCACCCCGGACUCUUGUGCAGGAUCCAGGUGGCAGAACAUUCCCGGCAAGCUGUCCAUGAUUGAGGUCGGGACCGAAGGCUCUGUCUAUGGUGUGAACAGUGCAGGACAAAUAUAUCGCAGGGAUGGAAUCACUAAAAGCAACCCCAUCGGCACCACCUGGACCCAGGUGGCCAGUUUCCUCUGCAAAUGCAAACAUGUGUCCUAUGACCUGGGCCUGCUGUGGCUUACCAAUGACCAGGAGAAGAUUAUGAAAUGCCGGCUCUAAAUGAGACUCCCUCCAUCUCAGCCUCACAGUGAUUAACAGUGUCCAUUUAAACUUUCUCUCUCCCCCACAGUGCUUAAUUUGUACCAGCCUGGGCUGAGCCCCGGCCCCUCUGGGUUUGCCGUGUCAGUGAUGAAAAUAACAAAUUGCUUCAGCCCCAGCACCUCUUUCAUUACAAACUAAGCACUGCUCCACUCCCUUGUCCAGGUUUUCUACAUACCAUCUCCAUCCAGUGGUCUGAAGCUUUUGUUCCAAGGGUAAAAUCGAGUCCCACAAAAUAGAGCCAAGAAGGUUCGUCAUUACCUGCUCCUUCUCUGCCUCUGCUGCCCCCACCCCCAGACGCACAUACUUCUACUCCGAUAAAAUUCAGUGGCUGGAAACUGAACACAAGCAAGGUCCAACUGAAAACAAAGGGCAGUGUUUUCAGCUAUGAGGGAAGUAAACCAUACGAACAGAUCCACAAAGGAUGUGCAAAAAGAAAAGGAGUACUAGUGGCACCUUAGAAUGCAUCUGAUGAAGUGAGCCGUAGCUCACAAAAGCUUAUGCUCAAAUAAAUGUGUUAGUCUCUAAGGUGCCGCAAGUCCUCCUUUUCUUUUUGCGAAUACAGACUAACACGGCUGCUACUCUGAAACAAAGGAUGUGGUAAAUUCUCCAUCACUUGGGAGUCUUUCAAUCAAGACUGGAUGUCUUUGUAAAUGCUCUGAUAUACUUUGUAUCAACUGCAUGCUAUUAGGUGUGAUGCAAAAGUCACUGCAUGACAUCUGUGGCCUGUGUUAUGUAGGAAAUCAGAUUAGAUGGUCAUAAUUGCCCCCUUCUGGACUUUAUAUUUAUGACUCUAAUGGAGCCCAUUGUAUUAGCAACACACAAAACUGAGCUGGGCUUAGGAAGAAUUUCCAAGAGAACCAGAAAGAAAAAGAAAAUUUAAGUAACCCCAACUAGGUAAUUUUUCUCUGCCUUUCUGCAAAAUUCACCAUCACCAACUACCUGUGUUACAAGGUUCUCCCUCAGUUAGCCUGAUUUCAGUCUCUCCACUUCAGAAGGUCCUGGCAUGAUCAGUUCAUAAUAAGGAACAAGGGCCAAGUUAUUACACACAUGCUGUCCUUAUUUCUGUGCCAGAAGCUCUGCAUAUCCACCCCUCUCCUCCUGCAUUUCCAUUGUGAUAAAUCCCAAAUAUCUGCAUCACCAGAUUAAGAAAGAAUAGAGGCCUCAUGUAUCCAACAGGAUGGCUGCAGAGCCAGAGCUGCUCUCUCUAGGCUGAGCAGGAAAGGGCUGGUAAA